AUGCAGAGCCGCCGCCGUCGGGAGGAGGAAGAAGACGGCCGACAGUGGAAGCCCGUGCUGCCGUGGCUGCCGCCACGGGACCUCGCCUCCGUCUCCGCCACCUGCCGCUCCCUACGCCGGCUGUCCGCCGCCGUAACCGCCCGCAGGGCGGCCGACGCCUCCCGUGGCCUGGAGAGCCUCCCCAUCCCCUUCCGCACCCCGUCCCCCGCUUCCUCUCCUCCCUACGCCUCCUUCCUCUACACCCCCUUCCCCGUCGUCGGCAGCCCCUCCCCGCCCGGCGCCUUCUCCCACCCUUGGGGCGGGAGAAGGCCCGAUGAGCCCUCGCCUGCGCCGCCCUCCGCCUUCGCCGUCCUCGCGGCGUAUGCGGGCCACGGCGGGUGCGACUGCGAGGAGGAGGCCGACGGCUGCUGCCACCCGGCGGCAAACUGCCCGUGCGGGUUCCUCGCUGCGGAAGUGGCGACGGAGUGCGGGCCGGCGUGCCGGUGCGGGCCGCCACGGUGCCGGAACCGCCGCACACAGGGCGGCACGUCGGUGGCGGUGGAGAUCGUGUGGAGCGAGCGGAAGGGUUGGGGCCUCCAUGCCGCCGAGGCCAUUCAGAAGGGCCGCUUCGUCUGCGAGUACGCCGGUGCGCGGAUCUUCCCCUACCGACCUUUUUCUCUCUAUACCUCUGAGUUUGCAGCGGUGAAUGAAUGGGGGGUUCUGUCUGUCCAGGAGAGUUUCUGACCACGGCGGAGGCUCGGAGGCGGCAGAGGGGCUACGACGAGGCGGCCAGCGGUGGCGGUGGCGGUGGCGGCGGGCGUGUCUCGGCGGCGCUGCUGGUCCUGCGGGAGCACCUGCCGUCGGGGAGGGCCUGCCUGCGGGUGAAUAUCGACGCGACGGCGGUGGGGAACGCCGCUCGCUUCAUCAACCACUCGUGCGACGGCGGUAACCUGGGCGGCGUGCUGGUGAGGAACUCCGGUCUGCUGCUCCCGCGCCUGUGCUUCUUUGCGUCCAGAGAUAUUCAGGUUGGGGAGGAGCUCACCUUUAGUUACGGGGAGGCCGAGGGUCAGCACACUGGCCGGCCCUGCUUCUGUGGGAGUCCUGAUUGCCGGGGAUUCCUUCCUUCGGAAGAGACAUAA